UGUAUUUAAGUUGGGGACCAACUAACAGAAAGUUAUGCAUAGAGUCAACAAUUUUCAUCAAAAUUGCAUAGAUACAAGCUAUAAACAAUAAUCAUACAUUCGAAUCAAAGAUGGUGUCCACCAAGCUGCUCAUGUUGAUCUUGAUUCAAUAGCUUAGAAAGUCGAAGAGCCACGAAACAUGCACAAAGGAGUUGAUCACAAAGAAAACAUGCAAAAUUACAAAGGCAACACCCAUAUGUCUGAGGAAGAGCAAAGAAUCAGGGGAGAGCUUGAGAUGGACAUUGAAAAAAAUUUAGAAGGAGAAAUCAAAGAUGAGUUAUCUCGCCUCGCGCUUCGCCUUCAUCGUCUAUACCAACACCAAAAAGACAAGCAGACUUGUAGCAAGCCACAACAACAGAAACAGCAACAAUUGAAGCAACAACAACUUAACAAGAGUAACAAAAACAAGGUAGUUUUUGAGGUCAACAUUAUGAUAAAAGUGGAGGGAGGGACCAUAAUUGAAAUUAAAGAGAUUAAAAAGAAGCCUGCUGAGAAGUAUAAUAACAACAAGUUUCAUGUUAGUAAGCAUGAUUCUAACAAGAAUGUUACUGAUCACAAGAAAUUUGAUUGGGCCAAUAGUCUUAGAUCUAUUAGACCCCUAAAAACUUGUCAUAAUGUGGUCCGAAAGAAGAUACAAACGGGAAAAGAAGUUACAAAAAACCCAAAAGGGAAAAAUUUGUUACCAAAAUGCAAGCUACGUACCGCAUAGAUGUGCGCAUGGAAAUUGGAAGUUGGAAAGGGGGUGGGGUUCAUCACAUUAAUAAAACUUUACCAUAUACUCGUAAUAUGUACCUUGUAAUAACUAAUUUAUAUUGUAUUUGCAUAUUUAUAUGUCAUGUAUAUCAGUAUAUGUAGCAA